AUGUCAGAUCCAUUUUCGAUAAACGGUGGUGCAGCCGUUGCAAUGAUAGGUAAGGACUGUGUUGCCAUAGCCAGCGACUUGCGUUUAGGUUCACAAUCGCUUGGAGUAUCAAACAAUUUUGAAAAAGUAUUUGAAUUUGGCGACAAGACAUAUAUGGCGCUCACUGGCCUUGCAACCGACGUGAUAACAUUACACGAGCUAUUCAAGUUCAAAACCAACUUGUACAAAUUACGCGAGGAGCGGCCAAUUGAGCCAUCGACGUUGGCAAACCUCGUUUCUUCAUCCUUGUACGAGCGCAGAUUUGGUCCUUGGUUCGUUGGUCCUAUUGUUGCCGGAUUGAGCUCAAAGGAUAACAAGCCGUUCAUUUGUGGGUUUGAUUCUAUUGGGUGUAUCGACUUCAGUCACGAUUUCAUCGUUAGUGGGACGGCAACUGAUCAAUUGUACGGAAUGUGCGAAGGGUUGUACGAGCCUGAUUUGGAGCCGGAGGACUUGUUUGAGACUAUAAGUCAAGCAUUGUUGAAUGCGGUGGAUAGAGAUGCGUUGAGUGGAUGGGGCGCUGUGGUGCAUAUUAUUACAAAGGAUAAGGUGGUGAAGCGUGUUUUGAAAACUCGUCAAGAUUAG